AUGGAGAAUAAUGAAAGUCAUGCUAAGGAUGUGAAGAGCGCCUCGGAUGAAGAUGACAGCAGAGACGUAGUUCAACAGAAAACUCGGGAAGAAAUUCUCUUUCAUGAGGAAACCAUUGAUCUUGGUGGAGAUGAAUUUGAGUCUGAAGGGAAUGAAACCAUAUCAGAAGAUUCAAAUAAUUUUGUAGAUAAACUUAAUGAACAAAUGAUGGAGAGUGUAAUUAUUUCAGAUUCUCCAAACAACAGUGAAGAUGACACAGGUGAACUUGGUUGUCUCCAGGAGAUUGUAGAACAAAUGGAAGCUAAAGAUAAUCAAAAAAAACAAGCAGAAGUGGAUAAAGAAGAGUUUUUAAGUAAUGAGAGUGAAACUGAACAUGAAGAAACACCCAAAGAUGUUUCUGACAUUGGAACAGAUGAUCAGGCAUCUUUAAAGGAAGAAUCAAUUCAGGAAUCAGUGAAGGAGGAACCAAAAUUGGGAAACAAUGUUCCUGUUGAAACAAAACCAAAUGAUGUUGAUGAAAGCGAACCUAAGGACCACAUACCAUCACCCAGUACUGGCAAACCUUCUUCUGAGGCUGAGCCUAUUCCUGUGUGUACCAUCUUCAGCCAAGCAGACAAUGUUAAUACCCAGCCACAGUUGUUCCUACCUGACGGUUUUGAGCCUCAGAUGGUAAAAUCUCCCAGUUUUAGUAGUAUAAUUGAGACUCCAGUUAAGUCUAAUCCACAGGUGGUUCAACCAAGUCCUAGUCUAAGCAAGUUCUUUGGUGAUACUGUUAAUACUAAUACUUUAGCUUCUGAUUUUUUUGAUUCAUUUACCACGUCCAAUUUUAUUUCUGUUAGUAAUCCCAAUGCAAGCUCUUCAGUUCCAGAACAAAUGUCCUCCCUUUCUAAUGGUGGAAACAGUUCUUGUGCUUCAUCUAACCCUAUGUUCUCUGUGCGAAAUGGGAGACCUGAAGCAGGCAGUCCUCUAUCAUCCCUAGACAUGACUCAAUCCCCCAAGCCAUUCUCACAAAUCCAAGCUGUUUUUGCUGGGAGUGAUGACCCAUUUGCCACAGCCUUAAAUAUGAGUGAACUAGAUAGAAGAAAUGAUGCUUGGCUUCCCAGUGAGGAAACCAGAAAUGUUCUAAUUUCAGUUGCCACACAACAAUACAGCACCAUGUUUAUAGAUAAAGAGAAUCUCACCAUGCCUGGAUUAAAAUUUGAUAAUAUCCAGGGAGAUGCAGUAAAAGACUUAAUGCUUCGCUUCUUGGGGGAGCAAGCUGCAGCGAGGAGACAAGUUUUAAACGCCAACUCUGUAGAGCAGUCAUUUGUAGGCUUGAAGCAGCUGAUUAGCAGUAAAAACUGGAGGGCAGCAGUUGACUUGUGUGGGCGGCUUCUGACUGCGCACGGUCAAGGCUAUAAAAAGAGUGGACUGCCUACUAACCAUACAACAGAUUCUUUACAGCUGUGGUUUGUGAGACUAGCACUGCUGGUAAAACUGAAUCUAUUCCAAAAUGCAGAAAUGGAAUUUGAACCAUUUGGAAAUUUAGACCAGCCUGAUCUUUAUUACGAAUAUUACCCUCAUGUGUACCCCGGACGAAAAGGUUCCAUGGUUCCUUUCUCCAUGCGGAUUUUACAUGCCGAACUUCCUCAGUACCUAGGUAAUCCUCAGGAAUCACUUGACAGACUGCAUAGCAUGAAGAUAAUCUGCACCAAGAUAUUAGAAAAUCUGGAACAAGGCUUAGCUGAAGAUGGGAGUAUGACUAACAUUACACAGGAGAACAGACAAGCCUCUGUUCAGCUGUGGAGGUCACGUCUGGGCCGGGUGAUGUACUCCAUGGCAAACUGUCUGCUAAUGAUGAAGGACUACGUGCUUGCUGUAGACGCUUACCACACCGUCAUCAAGUAUUACCCACAGCAAGAGCCUCAGCUGUUGAGUGGCAUUGGAAGGAUUUUCCUUCAG